GGACUUUUGUGAGCGUAUAAAAGGCACCGUUGCGUAUCGGAGACGCGCCCAUUCCGGUUUUUCCCCCUUCUCCAAGUACCAGUUGUUUGGCUAACUAGUUAGCAUUGAGAUGUGUGCUUUAGGUCAUUAGUUUUGUCGGAUUUUAGUUCUCUGGAUGAGCAUCGUGUUGGUUGGUGGUUGCCUUCCUCCAUCUCUCUUUCGCUCAGUCCUGUGGUUAAGUGCCCUUGGAUGUUUUCUUGCGUUCGCGUAAAUGCGUGAUUGGAUUUAUGACAACAUGAAGGAGCUGAGGCUUCCAGGCAGGCCGCUACUCGACCCUAGUGUGCGGUGGUGGGAUUCCAGCAUGGGGUGCAGUCAGGGGCGGAGCCAGGGGGUGGCCAGGGGUGGCCACGGCCACCAUGGACAUAAUCACGGCCACCCUGCUCAUAAUUGCAUUUUUAAAAGACGAAAAUAACUUCUCAAAUACUGAUCUAGGAGAACCUCGAUCAUGUCUACAAUAAUGUUUGGACCGUGAAACUCUCGCGACACUCACCAGCACUGAUAGGCAUCACGAGAGCUUCCAAGAAAUAGCACGGUUUUCCACCUUUCUUUAAAAAGUGGGAGAUGAGGAGUAAGUUACAGCGCAGCCUCGGUUCCUGGAUCAACUUCGAGUGUCUGAGCGCAGCACAUCCUAUCAGUAAUCUAUGAUUACCAUGAUUUCUCUGUUUAACAGGGUGGCAUAGUCAGCUACAUCUUAAUUUGUUCUUUUUGAACUUACCACUCGCCACACAUGCACAUACUGCUGUUGUCUAGAUUCCAGUCAGUAGUGUGCAUGCAAGGUUUUAUAAAUCUGAUCUAUUUUUGUGCAUAUUUUCACUCUAAGCAAAGUUUUAGAAAUGAUGCCCCAGAUUUGAAAGAAAAAUGCAUGCUAAUGAGCAUAGACUACCUGUGCUAAUACCUGUAGCUCCACCCCACUAUGUCAGUAUAGUACUAGUACACACAUUUUAUAUAUGAACAUUAAAUUAAUGAGUCCUUCAAAAUAGCACUUGGAUCUGGAUUAGUCACUUAUUAACUGGCAGCCAGUAACAGACUUCACAGAUCAGAGCUAGUCUUGGAGGCUGUUAAUAAUGAAGUGGUUAAGAAUGUAAAGUUUUUAAUUAGGAAAUGUGAUGAGAUAAAAAUGCAACAUGGUGGUACAACAGGAAGUGGUGCCUCACAGCUUCUGAGCUUGGGCUACUGCCUGUGGUCUGAGUUGGACUUUAACCUGCUUCAUUCAAUUCAAUUCAAUUUUAUUUGUAUAGCACUUUUAACAAUGGACAUUGUCACAAAGCAGCUUUACAGUUAGAUUUAUCUUUAAAGCUUUACUUUACAAAUAAAUGGAUUUAAAAAAUAUAUUGUAAAUAUGUGAAUUUAUCCCUAAUGAGCAAGCCAGAGGUGACACUGGCAAGGAAAAACUCCCUGAGACAAUAUGAGGAAGAAACCUUGAGAGGAACCAGGCUCAAAAGGGAACCAUCCUCAUCUGGGUGCAAUAAGGAUGUAAAUAAAUCCCUUCUAUUAUUGUGUACUACAUGGACAAAUAGUGCAAUUGUGCAACCAGUAAAUUCAUCGUAGUUUUUGCAGGAAGUCCGGGUGGUUAAAAUCUAUCCACUGUCCACUGAUGGAGUCCUGAGUACGAAGCUGCUCGUGGCAACUGCAGCCCCAAAGCCACUACAGCAAUCACAGUCCCAAGCCAUUACAGUACAGUACAGCUCCCCAUAUGUGAUCCCCAAGCAGCACCAUCUCCACAGCCCCCAAGAGGCACCAUCCCCAGCAAUCCAAACAGUUCUUCAAGCCGUCCAUAUGGGGCCCCAGCAGCAGCGAGCGAACUCAACCGAUGAGAACUCCAACCAGAAGUAGGGCAUCAGGAUGGGUCAAGCAGCAAGGAGGAGCAGAAGGGGUCAGGAUCACUGGCAUCUCAGAAGUAGCAUGUGUAGCUCGACAGAGAGUGAGGGGGAGAGAGAGAGAAGGAGAGAUUGUUGGGUAAGCUUUUGUCCUCUAAUGGUUAAGGACAAUGUACUUUGCAUGCAGAGUGCAAGCAGGGACUCCGGCAAGACUAGCUAUGACAGCAUAACUAAAAGGGAGAGCCAGAAGCUAACACAGACAUGAGGGCGCCCUGGGACAUAAGGCAGCCAGCCACUCCACCGUCGACAAACCUGAGUGAACGUGUGAGAGUGGGGGGGCGACAGGAUCCAAACAUCCGAGUUCACCACAACACACUAUGCCUGUGAACCCUCCAGACCUGCCCCUGUACCUAAGAAACUUUUCACAAAAGGCUUGACUAAACAAAUGUUUUCAGCCUAGACUUAAACACUGAGACUGUGUCUGAGCCCCGAACACUAAGUGGAAGGCUGUUCCAUAACUGUCUUCAUCUUGUCUCACCAGUUCUGAUGUACUGCCACGUUCUGGUGACUAAUUACCCCCACAAACCUGCAGAGGAAAAAGCAACUUCUUUCUCCGACCAUUCAAACACCAACCCCUAAGCCCUCGCAUCUCCCACCCUCCCCACACACCAUUCUCCGAGAAAUCAAAACUGAAACUAAAGCUGAAUGAAAAUAGGUUGUUAAAGAACCCCUCUCUCACUCUCACUCACACCCACACACAGGCAGACAGGCAUUUUCUCUCUUCUCCAAGAAAAUCUGUACCUCAUAGUCAAUCAUCAUGAGCUCCCUGAGUUAUAUUUGCAUCAUAUGGUUCUCCAGUGUGGGGUUCCUCCGAGCAGACUCUCAGAUCAUAUCAGCUCGAGUGGGUUCCACAGCUGUCCUGCCGUGUGAGUGGAGAAAUGUCUCCAUCCAAACACCGAAUGUUCAGUGGAACACAGCUUCUGAGAUUGUGUUUGAGAGAAAGGGUGUGCAGUGGUAUGAGGGUGAGGGAUAUAAGAACCGUGUGGACGUUCCUCAAGACAAGCUGCUUAAAGGAAACUGUUCCCUGGUGUUGAAGAACGUCACACUCACUGAUGCAGGCAUCUACGAGAGCUUCCUGUCUGUGAAGCGCACGAAGAGAGCCAGCUCUACAAGAUGGAUUUUAGUGCAGAGUGUCGAGCUCUCAGUCAAUGAAACCCCUGAAGAGAAUCUACAGGAAAUUUCAACUGCCAGAGAGAAUUUUUACCAUAAGCUAAUCGCCACAGAUGCUGCAGGAGUGAACUGUCCUCGACCACAGAUCAUCCACUUUUCCCUGCUUUCAUGUUUACUCUUCCUUGGUUUCGGUGUGGAAACAUCAGUAUGGUAGUUCUGAGUUGUGAUCAUGUUUGUGAUCCUGUAAAGCCAGGGAGAGGUUGGUGAUGAGAAUUUCGAGAACAGAAAUAUUUAGGCAUGACCAAUGAAUGUGUAUGAAAGCAAUGUAUGUGUUUUACAGUCACAUUAUUACAUACAGCUAGAUAUUAAAUACAUUGUUAAUGUAAGAAUAGAAUAUGAAAAUAAGUUGUACAGAAUACAACUUGAACACUACUGACACAAAAAUCUUACAGGUUUAAGAACGACUGAAUUUCAGUGAUUAAGGUGAAUUAAUUCUGAGGAAAAGCUGAACUUCUUGAACAGAUCAUCACCUCUGGCUUGUUCAUUAGAGAUCUACUUCCUCCUCUAUUUGUAAAGCUGCUUGUGAGGAUGUUUAUUGUUAAAAUUAAAAUCACUACACUGGUAAAUAACAGACUUAUUUUGCACAGCUCAGUAGCUACAUGGAGCUUCUUGGGCCAAGUAGCGUGUAAUGUGAACAGGUAUAUUGUUGCUUGAAGAGUCAGUGUUUUGGAAUUUUGCAAUGUGACUGUCGAAUAAAUCUGAAAUAAACAUAA